AUGCCUCCUGCUCUCGCCCCCGCGCCCUCUGAGGUGCCUUUCCCCUCCUCCUCCUCGCACGCCCGCAAGGACUCCGCCGCCAGCUCUCUCCGACGCCGUUCUCGCACCAAAACGCGCUCGAUCGCCGUUCCCGCCCGCAAAGGCACCAAGGAGAAGGAUGCGCCCGCGACUCUCGCCUACGACUCCGACGCUGGCGAGAGCUUCCUCGACUUCGACGACGCUCCCCCCGUGCCCCCCGUCGUCGUCAGCGCCGAGCCGGAGGAGAUGUCCGCCCGCGAGCGCGAUCGUGCGCGUCAGCGGGUGCGGGAGGCGAAGAAGCAGAAGCGCAGGUCCCGGACCCUAGACGCUGCGCGCAGCUCAUUCCUCAUGAUGGACGGCCACCCCCCACAGCCGCCUUCAGCCCCGCUUUCGUGGAAGGCGCACGAUGCGUCGGAGCCAGAGCAGCAGGAUCGUGGACGGCGCGAGAAGUCGGCCGCAGGGUCGGUCAAAGGGUCGAAGCCGAAGCCCCGCGGGCUCAGUCUCCCCCGCCAGGCUUUCCGGCAAAACCCCCCUUCGGACGGGUCCUCGCAACCCAGUCCGAUAACACCCUACGGCUUCGGCUCGAGCCCCAUUAUCGUCAAUUCUGCCGUCGACGAACUGAACCGCCGGGACUCGGUUUUGACGCACAUGUCGUCAACCUCGUCCUCUCUUUACCCCGCCUCCACCGUUGGUUCUCGCACCGAGUCGUCCAUGCUCUACACUGACUCCCUCAACGACGCUGACGUAUCUUACCCCGAUAUCGUCACACCCGAUCAUCCGGACUUCGAUCCCGACGACGUAUCCUAUCGGCUCCGACUGCUUUUGAACAACAGCUACUUCCUCCCGCCUGCCCACGCGAAACCCAACCCGUUCUCCCUCACCUCGAAUGGACCGGACACGUCGAAGCCCAAACCUGCUGCAUCUGGCUUUCUGACCUUCUUCGGUUUUGGGAAGACUAAGUCGAAGCCCACUUCUCCUGCCCCCGGAAGCCCCUCUGCUGCUGAGAUGAUGGCACCAAUCCUGCGAACAACAUCAGACACCCCUUCCGCAUCUGGUCUGCUCAACCGGCAACAGAGCAUGCCCAAGAUAGGCGCAUCCGCCCCCGCAGCGUCCCCUGUCGCACCGACCAGUCGCGUGGUCGUCCUGCGCGAGCAGAUGGACGAUCUAGUGAGCGCUGCCAAGCAGGCCGAAAAGGAGCUCCGGACCAAGGCAGAUGCACGCAAAUUUCCAAGCUCCACUACGCCGCGGAACCGUUUCGUCGACGACGUGAUCGAUCCUACGGACGUCGUCGAUUUGCCCCCGCCGUCGGCGGACUCCCCCUUCGCGAUGCAAACGUCAACGGCGUUUGGCUUCGGGCCGAUGGACUCAGUGGGAGCCGCCGUUCUGGCGGAUCGGCUCGUUCCUGGGAGCCCUGCGGUAUGGUCGAUCAACUCGGAGGACGAGGGGUGGAGGAAGGACCUCCUGCACAAGGCCGUCAGCCACUCUUUGACGUCGACCCCGGACCACUCGUUCUCAUCGAGCGACCCGGUGUCCCCUCCUGCGCAGUCUGAAGCAAGCUUCCCGAUCCCCACGGUCAAGCCUACGCCGAAGCCGAACAUCGGGCAGCGUAUCAUCGAGGAUUUCGGCUUUUCGGAAGACGAAGCCCCAGGUUCUCCUUCGGACCAGCAUGCGCACUUCCUCACUGUGCAUCCGCCUUCACUGUUGUCUGAGGGACCAAGGUCCCCCCUUAGUGCCAGGGAUGAGCUCCCGUUUCGCGCGGAGACUCCGAAUCAACUACCGUCUCCCCUCUCUCCUGCGCCACGGAAGCAAAUCGCCAUCUCGGUCUCACAGCCUGACCUGCAAAGGUCGAGUUCACCUUCGGAGGAAAACGCCGCUGGUCUUUCGUCUGGCUCAGGGUCGUAUCAUACGGUGCGCAAGGCUGCUUCUACCCCCGGUGGUCUGUCCGCAGCCGAGGAGUUUGCAGCCCAGAGGGCGAUAAACACACUGUCCCCUCCGCCAAUCCCUGAGUACAGGUCAAUCACCCCGAGUCCAGUUGGCCUGCCCUCCUUGUCGACAUCUCGCUCUCGCACAGAGAGUGGGUCAAGGUAUUCAAGCGACAGUGUGUCGUUCAGGACACCCAUGGAUACGGACGUCGACAUGGGGGCACGGCCAUCUAUGUCCUACUCGGUGCCCUCUGGACGGCCUUCAGUGUCUGUGUCAGAGUAUUCGGUGCCAUCUCCGACGGCGUCAGCAUUCAACGAUGCCCUCUUUGGGAGUAGCUCUCGUCCACCCUCUGUCGCCUCAAGGAGAGCUGGGCGAGCGCACGCAGGCUCAGAACCGCCUCUUCCUUCUCCGCGGCUCCCCACUGUUCGCCAUCCAUAUGUCAACCUCCCCCCUCCGCGCGUCUCGACCUCAGUCCCCACGACAGAGCUUCCUCUCCCUCCCCGCCCGCCUCCGGUCAAGCCCGUUUUCCGCAACUCGACCUCGACCCGCUCCUCCGGGACACACCACUAUCCCUCGACCGCUGCCUCGGAGAACUUCCCACCUCCAUCUGCGCGCUCCGCCUCCUUCACCCAAUCCCCGACCUCUGGCCCAUCUUCUCCUAGCGCCAGAGACUCACUUUCCGCGCGACGCGGGUUGGGCGCGCCGCUGUCCCUUACCAUUCCUGGCCGCUCGUACCCGCCCGCGAUCCACUCCGCGCCCGCACCGGGCCCGGCGCCUGCGUCAGACUUCUUUGACCGGCUCGUCGAGAGCGGGCACAUGCACAAUGCGCUCGACGACUUCGACCGCUCUGAGGACGAAGACGAGGAGUCGGAAGAGCUCUCGCUCGACGGCGAGAACGCCCGCAGCCGCUUCCACCCCAAGUCUCCUCCCGCAGCCCCGCGCGCGUCGAUGGCGUUCACCGAGGCCGUCCAGGUCUUCGUCGACCCGCACACGUCCGCGAUCUCGAACCGCGCGUCGAGCGCGUCCGCGCGCCCGUCGCUCAUGCGCCUCGGCAACCGCUCCACGCCGCAGCUCAGCCCCGCGUCCGGGUCCGGCUCGGGCUCGUUCCGGACCCCGGUCGAACCCCUCCCGCACUUCACGUUCGACCACCACCGCCGGCCGAUCGCGAACGUGCCCGGGGUCGGGGUGUUCAAGGCCCCGGGCAGCCCGUUCAAGCGCACGUUCGCCGCCGCCGCCGCGGUCGCGGGCUCGAGCAGCGGCGGGCGCAAGCGCGGGAAGGGCAUCGCGAACGUCGCGGUGCUCCCCAUCGGCGCUGUGCCCAGUGCGCCGCUGAGCCCCGGGUUCGGUCGCGGGCGCAUGAGCGAGAGCUCGGCGGCGCCGGGCGGGUCGGGGAGCCUUGCCGUCAGCCAGGGCCAGAGACGGCCGAAGAGCGCGGGGGCAGGCGCGGAAGGGAGGAAGGUGCAGCGGGAGAGCAUCCUGCUGUUCGACGGGAUGCUGACGCAGCACCUCGCGGACGAGAAGAGCAGGAUGAAGCGGAUCACGAACGAGAUCGUGGGCUCGGCGACGAACUCGCCCGUCCAGGGCGCGUCUGCGGUCAGUGGCCAGAUGCCGUUCUCGUCGCGGUGA